GUCUAUGGUGAUGUCUUAAUAAGGAUCUUACCCUUUGUGUAUCUAUUAUCUAUGAUACCACAGCUGCAUACAGUUGUCAAUAGUUGUGUACAUAGAUAGUUGUGUACCUACAAAAAUCGUUACACGUCAGCUGCAAGUUUUCUAUUCUGAAUAAUUUCAAUACAGUUCAGGAUGUCAAGACAACAACAAGAAACGGACGAACUGUUCGAAAUUAGAAACUAUUUUUACAUUGGAAAUUAUCAGCAAUGUAUAAAUGAGGCCCAGAAAUUAAGAAAGCCAACUUCCCCUGAUAUUGCUAUUGAAAGAGACAUUUACAUGUAUAGGGCAUAUAUGGCACAAAGCAAAUUUUUAGUGGUACUCGAUGAAAUAAGUAGUUCAUCUCCACCAAGUAUACAAUCGCUUAAGAUAUUAGCAGAGUAUCUCUCAAAUAAAUCAAAGAAAGAGGGUGUCCUUAAGCAGUUAGAACAAAAACUGUCGGAAGGAUCAGUAGCUGGCAAUGAUACACUUGUUUUAGUAGCUGCUACUAUAUAUGAACAAGAAGACAAUUUGGAAUUAGCUUACCGAGUGUUGCAUAGCUCUGAUAGUCUUGAAGCAUUAGCAUUCAUUAUUGAUAUACUACUGAAACUAAACAGAGUAGAUAUUGCAAAAAAGAAAUUAAAAGAAAUGCAAGAUAAAGAUGAUGAUGCCACUUUGACGCAAUUAACCCAAGCCUGGGUGAACAUUGCAGUGGGAGGUGAAAAGUUGCAGGAAGCUUAUUACAUUUAUCAGGAACUAGUGGACAAAUAUGGUUCUACUCCUUUACUUUUAAAUGGACAAGCAGUAACAUUUAUAGCACAGUUAAAGUAUGAAGAGGCUGAAUCGGCUUUACAAGAAGCCCUGGACAAGGAUUCUAACAAUCCUGAUACUUUGAUUAAUUUAGUAACUCUUUCGCAGCACACAGGCAAAUCUCUCGAGGUUUCAAAUCGUUACUUGGCACAGUUGAAAGAUAAACACAGGGAUCAUCCUUUCAUAAAAGACUUAAGUCAAAAGGAAAACGAAUUCGAAAGAAUUUGCCAACAGUAUGGACCCAGUAAUCCAAUUCAAGUUUAAAAAGUAUUAAAGAUGUUUCAUUUUUUUUAUUAUACUGUUUAAAGUAUGUUAAAACAAUUUUAUUUUGAUUAA